GUGGGGAGGGUUGGAUCCGGGCAGACCCGGGCCCCACCAUCCCUAGGCAAGGGGCCUGCCCUGCCAGGUUCCUGAAGCUGAUGGAAAAGGGUCCCCCCGAGCUCCUGCUGAGCCAGGGCAGACCCUGCCGAGUAAACACUCACUGGCCUGGUCGCCUUCUUACCAUCCAGCCUGGCCCACCUGCUCCCCGAGGUACAUUUUGUUUGUUGUUUUUGACAGGAUCCCUGUGGUGAGUCUCAGCCUGGGGAAGGGAGGACUCUGCCUCCCCAGCCGCUAGGCUGACUGGGGAGGGACUGGCCUCCCUUCCAGCUUCCCCACCUCCUUCCCUCCAACCCAGAUCUGUGGGAGCAGAGCCGAGGGGGUUCUGGGGAGGCAGCUGCAGGCCCUUGCUCUGGGGCUGCUGGAGGUGGGGUCGCCAUGCGCCAUGCCCAGCCUUCACGGAGCAGAAGGCGGACCAGGCCCUGCCCAGGGUGUGGAGUGGGCGCUCUGGGUCAGUCCCAUGGGGUAUCCUGUGAGAGCAACUCAGGGGGCCAGGCCUGGUACCAGGUGCAGAGGGCAUUCCUCAUGGCACGAGCAGAUACCCAGGUGGCACCUGCAGCCGGCUCUGUUCCUCAUGCGGUGGGUGGUGGCCACCCUGGGCACUCCUGCUUCCCUUUCUGGGUUCCCGGCCUCACUGUGGGCAGACAGACCCCAGGAGGUAGCACAAUCACAUGCUCUGGUGUCUAUGGUGGGUGUAGGCCCUGCCAGGCCCUGCUGUCUGCCAGGUAUCACCAGGCACUCUCCCUCUGUCAUCACAUCCAGACCUCCUUUAGGCCAAUCUUCUGAACCAGGUGGUGUGAGCUCCAUUUUGCAGAUGAGAAAAUUGAGGCUCAGAAAGGUUAGUGGAUCAGUCUAGGGUGGCAAUGGCAGAUUCAGGAUGCCAACGCCCUUGAAACUAGCACAGGGCGUGAGAUGGCCUGGGCUCUGGAGGGUGGGUGUCCUGUCCGCUCCAGCUGUAGCUGAUGAAGCUCUCCGGCCUGCCCGCCCCCAUAGCAGCCUCUGCAGCUCGGCCACCCGCAGCCACAGCCACUGUCCAGUAAGGGUGCACGGCCAGACACCAAUGGUCUUGUCUCCUGACUUCCUCUGUCCUUUCCCAGGCCCUGUCCUUGUCAGGCCCCAGAGCCGGCCGAGGGUUGAUGGGGUCCCCUGAGUCCUUUCCCAUCCUGUCCCCAUUGGUGUAACAGGCUCCCCACCCGGAGACCAAGGGACAGCCAUUUUGCUGUGCUCUUGGUGUUGAAGCCCUCAGGGUGACCUUUACACGUACUGUGUGGCGAGGAGGAGGUGACCAAGAGCGCGAGGUGAGAAGACACUGUCAUGCAGAGCUGCACUAUGGGAGAGGCUCAGGCCCAGGGCGGGCUCCAACAAGGCCCAGGAGAAGCCCCAGCAGAGAUAGGAAGUGAGGAGUCAGGCUCUUGCUGACCAGGGACAGAGGUUUCUAUGGAGACCAGAGGAACAGGAAACUCAGGCCUGCGGGGAGGGGCAUGGGAGCACGGAGGCAUGGGUGCCCAGCAGGAGAGCCUGUGACAAAUUGUCAGCUCAGCCACUCUGACAGCCUCCCCAGACACACAGGGAAACUGAGGCCCGUGAGGGGCCAACUUGCACCAGUCACACAGCACUGCCGGCCUUGCCCACCCCACUCUGCUGGGAGGGGCGGCAUCACCGGCUGCUGAGGAGACUCCUGGACAGAUGUGGACCUGGGCUGCCUGGCAGUGUGUGGAGCCGGGCACCACAGGAGCACCUGUAAGCCGCCCUUGUCUCUCGAGGGGGUCCUGGCCCCUGUUGUCAGUGCAGGUCUGGGGCCGCAAGCUGGGCUUAGCCCUCACCGCCGCCCACGGGUGCAGUGGCACCUCCCCCCACUGACUGUGGCCUUUUGUUUUCUGGGUGACAGUAGCAUCAGGCGGUGUGUCCGGGUGACUAAUCUCCUCCAGGCUGGGCAGCUGUCACAGGGCGGCCUGACCAGGCAGGCAGGAAAGCUGACACCCUGGGGAGGGCUGGCAGGCCGGUGCCCUGACGGCAGGGGGCAGUUGGGCCUUCAGGCUCCUCUUCCCCUGACACAAAGCAGGCCCCAGGUCGGGAAGACCCGGGUUCAGGUCCCGAAUGCCGCUGACUGGCUGUGGGACCGUGGCAUGUUAUUGGCCCUCUUGAAGCCUCAGUUUCCCCAUCUCUAGAAUGGAGCUGCAGGUCCUGCCCACCUCACAGGGCUGUGGUGAGGAUUACACGAGAUGAUAAAGUACUUAGCCCAGGGCCUGUCACAUAGCAGGUGUUCGUUAUUAUUCCCUACCUGGUUCCCUUUCCUACCCCAUCCCAGCCUCAUGUUCCAGGAGGAAGGACCCUGCAACCCGCCCCAUUUCUGGGACGCAGGCUUUGCCGUUAGGUAGACUUGGGCUCCAGCACUGACUCCACACUGACUUGCCGUGGACUCUAGGCGGUCACCUCUGCGUCAACUUCCUCAUCAGGAAUGCAGUGUGAUGCAGUACCUAUUCCUUGGGGUUGCAGUUUAUGAAAUGAUCUAAGUGUUUAUCAGGGGCUUAGCACAGUGCCUGACACAUAGGGGCUCAGUAAAUGUCAGCCGUGACACUGGUGAUUUUGGGGGAGACCCAGCGCUCUCCACCCAUGCCUGCUGUCCUGCCCCUGCAGCUCCCUCCAGCCCAGGUGGUCUGCUUUGAGUGGGGCACUAUUUGGGGUCAUAAGAGCACUGUCCUGACCUCCCUGUCAUCUAAGGCAGCUGGAAACUCCAAUAGGCAGAGACCAAGAGCUAAGCUGUGCAGAACUCUGCUUCCCUAGGCACCUCCACCCUGUCCAUCUCUCCCCCAACACCCCUGCACCUGGCCUGAAGCUGCUCAAGACCUGCAGGGCAGUAGCAAAUCAGAGUGCAGUGUAUGGAAGGAGAAGGUGCUAGACGUGCGGCCUGGGCCUGACUCCUCCAGCCCUUCAUCUUUGCCUUCAUCCUUCCUCCUGCCCACCAUGCGUCCAGGGCAUCACCCACCAUGCCUAAUUAAUGCCAGCCUUCAGGGGACCACAGGGCUUCUUCUGUCAGCCCCAGGCAGCACUGUCCCAGGGCUGUGACCUUGACCUCUGUGGCUGCCAGGGGUUAGGAUGCAUCCCCCACCAGUCUCUCCCCAGGACCAAGGCCCAGGAGAUCACCUGCUGUGGGGCACAGGUGGCCUCAGGUACCUGGAGGCAUCGCCACCCUGAUCCAUGCCAGGCAGGCUUCCCUUCCCCCACUGUUAGGAGAGGUAGGGCACAGGAGCUCGAUGCUGGCUGUGAAGAAGGGUAGGCAGGGCUGAGGUGAGCUGGCAGAGGGAGCAGAGCAUGAGUUCAGGAUGGGUCCAGGGAGGCCAGGUCCAGGUAGGAGCUAGGAUAAUGCCCACAGCUCCUGCCUCCCUGCAGGAGGGAGCUCUGGGCUGUGCAGCGUUUGGAAUUGUGAGUAUUGGGGCUUCCAGCAUCAGGGCCGCAGAAGAAUGUGCAGUCACAGGCUCCAUCAGCAGCAGAGUCAGAAGGGUUUCCCGGCAUCACCCAGCUUCACCCUGGGGUAUCCGUACUUUGUCCCUUCAGAAAGGUGAGACAGAGCAGUCGAGCACCAGAAAGUUCUUACCAUCAGCACCUCAGACAUACAGGCACGCACACACCCAGAAUCCAGAAGGCUUUGCUUUUGGCCCAAGCCUAUUGUCACGGCCCCCUGGGUGUGAAGGGAGACUGAGCAGCCUCUCUCCCGGGUGAGCCAGACAGUGACUCUCCAGUUCCCUGAGACCUGGUCUCCCCUGAGCUACACAUUAGACCCUCUCCAUUUCCAGGAGUCACCUUCAGCCUGACCCCAAGGCUAUGGGCUGAGAAACUCUGGGGGUCCUGUCAGGAUUAAGUUCCUUUGCAGAGAGCCUCAUUUUGUUAUAGCUUGGUUUGCUCCAUAUCCCAUGAGGGGACAACUAACCUGCCCCCGCCAUGUUGGUGGCAAAACAAAGGCCCAGCAAGUGGGAAGCCCUGCCCUGGGCCCCGCCGUCCAUCCAGGCAGACCGACUCCCCAUUUUCUGCUUUCUUUUCCAUCAGCUUCCGGCAGGGCAGGUGGAGGCCUUUAGGCCCAGAGCUCUGUGGAUUCUGGUGCCUGAAUGGGGGAAGAAGGGGUAGCCUGAAGCACCCACCUCCCUGGGACUCCAGGGCUCCCUAGGGUGCAAUGGGGGAGAGCAUCAGUUCCCCAACAGCUGUAAACGUGGGCUCCCCUGAGCACCCCUGGGAUCCUCACAUGGAGGUCAGAGGCUGCAGUGACCCCUCCCUCCCUCAGGGGUUGCUUCCCUUCUCAUGGGGCAGAGGCUGUGAAUGGGCUCCCGGACACAGGACAGACCAUGACCUGAUCCAGCUCCUGAUGCUCCCGGUCUCUGUGCCCAACAGCCAACCGCCUGCCAUGGAGACUUUCUUUAGGAGACAUUUCCGGGGGAAGGUGCCAGGCCCUGGAGAGGGGCAGCGGGGGCCCAGCAGCGUGGGGCUGCCCACAGGCAAGGCCCGGCGUCGCUCUCCCGCUGGGCAGGCCUCCUCCUCACUGGCACAGCGGCGCCGCUCCAGCGCCCAGCUCCAGGGCUGCCUCCUGAGUUGCGGGGUGAGGGCCCAGGGUUCCAGCCGCCGGUGCUCCAGCACUGUGCCCCCUUCCUGCAACCCCCGCUUCAUCGUGGAUAAGGUGCCCACUCCACAGCCUACCACCACGGGGGCCCAGCUUCUGGGUGCACCCCUGCUGUUGACCGGGCUUGUGGGCAUGAAUGAGGAGGAGGGUGUCCAGGAGGAUGUGGUAGCCAAGGCAUCGAGCGCCAUCCAGCCAGGCACCAAGACACCAGGGCCACCCCCACCUCGGGGCGCCCAGCCGCUGUUGCCCCUACCCCGCUACCUGCGCCGAGCCUCCUCCCACCUGCUCCCCGCGGAUGCCGUAUAUGACCACGCUCUCUGGGGCCUGCACGGCUACUAUCGGCGCCUCAGCCAGCGGCGGCCCUCAGGCCAGCACCCUGGCCCUGGGGGCCGAAGAGCCUCAGGCACCACCGCCGGCACCAUGCUGCCCACCCGUGUGCGCCCACUGUCCCGCAGGCGCCAGGUAGCCCUACGGCGCAAGGCGGCCGGACCCCAGGCCUGGAGCGCCCUGCUCGCGAAAGCCAUCACCAAGUCAGGCCUCCAGCACCUGGCCCCCCCUCCGCCCACCCCUGGGGCCCCGUGCAGCGAGUCAGAGCGGCAGAUCCGGAGCACAGUGGACUGGAGCGAGUCAGCGACAUAUGGGGAGCACAUCUGGUUCGAGACCAACGUGUCCGGGGACUUCUGCUACGUUGGGGAGCAGUACUGUGUAGCCAGGAUGCUGCAGAAGUCAGUGUCUCGAAGAAAGUGCGCAGCCUGCAAGAUUGUGGUGCACACGCCCUGCAUCGAGCAGCUGGAGAAGAUAAAUUUCCGCUGUAAGCCGUCCUUCCGUGAAUCGGGCUCCAGGAAUGUCCGCGAGCCAACCUUUGUACGGCACCACUGGGUACACAGACGACGCCAGGACGGCAAGUGUCGGCACUGUGGGAAGGGAUUCCAGCAGAAGUUCACCUUCCACAGCAAGGAGAUUGUGGCCAUCAGCUGCUCGUGGUGCAAGCAGGCAUACCACAGCAAGGUGUCCUGCUUCAUGCUGCAGCAGAUCGAGGAGCCGUGCUCGCUGGGGGUCCACGCAGCUGUGGUCAUCCCGCCCACCUGGAUCCUCCGCGCCCGGAGGCCCCAGAAUACUCUGAAAGCAAGCAAGAAGAAGAAGAGGGCAUCCUUCAAGAGGAAGUCCAGCAAGAAAGGGCCUGAGGAGGGCCGCUGGAGACCCUUCAUCAUCAGGCCCACCCCCUCCCCCCUCAUGAAGCCCCUGCUGGUGUUUGUGAACCCCAAGAGUGGGGGCAACCAGGGUGCAAAGAUCAUCCAGUCUUUCCUCUGGUAUCUCAAUCCCCGACAAGUCUUCGACCUGAGCCAGGGAGGGCCCAAGGAGGCGCUGGAGAUGUACCGCAAAGUGCACAACCUGCGGAUCCUGGCGUGCGGGGGCGACGGCACGGUGGGCUGGAUCCUCUCCACCCUGGACCAGCUGCGCCUGAAGCCGCCACCCCCUGUUGCCAUCCUGCCCCUGGGUACUGGCAACGACUUGGCCCGAACCCUCAACUGGGGUGGGGGCUACACAGAUGAGCCUGUGUCCAAGAUCCUCUCCCACGUGGAGGAGGGGAACGUGGUACAGCUGGACCGCUGGGACCUCCACGCUGAGCCCAACCCCGAGGCAGGGCCUGAGGACCGAGAUGAAGGCGCCACCGACCGGUUGCCCCUGGAUGUCUUCAACAACUACUUCAGCCUGGGCUUUGACGCCCACGUCACCCUGGAGUUCCACGAGUCUCGAGAGGCCAACCCAGAGAAAUUCAACAGCCGCUUUCGGAAUAAGAUGUUCUACGCCGGGACAGCUUUCUCUGACUUCCUGAUGGGCAGCUCCAAGGACCUGGCCAAGCACAUCCGAGUGGUGUGUGAUGGAAUGGACUUGACUCCCAAGAUCCAGGACCUGAAACCCCAGUGUGUUGUUUUCCUGAACAUCCCCAGGUACUGUGCGGGCACCAUGCCCUGGGGCCACCCUGGGGAGCACCACGACUUUGAGCCCCAGCGGCAUGACGACGGCUACCUCGAGGUCAUUGGCUUCACCAUGACGUCGUUGGCCGCGCUGCAGGUGGGCGGACACGGUGAGCGGCUGACGCAGUGUCGCGAGGUGGUGCUCACCACAUCCAAGGCCAUCCCAGUGCAGGUGGAUGGCGAACCCUGCAAGCUUGCAGCCUCACGCAUCCGCAUCGCCCUGCGCAACCAGGCCACCAUGGUGCAGAAGGCCAAGCGGCGGAGCGCCGCCCCCCUACACAGCGACCAGCAGCCGGUGCCAGAGCAGCUGCGCAUCCAGGUGAGUCGCGUCAGCAUGCACGACUAUGAGGCCCUGCACUACGACAAGGAGCAGCUCAAGGAGGCCUCCGUGCCGCUGGGCACUGUGGUGGUCCCAGGAGACAGUGACCUAGAGCUCUGCCGUGCCCACAUUGAGAGACUCCAGCAGGAGCCCGAUGGUGCUGGAACCAAGUCCCCGACAUGCCAGAAACUGUCCCCCAAGUGGUGCUUCCUGGACGCCACCACUGCCAGCCGCUUCUACAGGAUCGACCGAGCCCAGGAGCACCUCAACUAUGUGACUGAGAUCGCACAGGAUGAGAUUUAUAUCCUGGACCCUGAGCUGCUGGGGGCAUCGGCCCGGCCUGACCUCCCAACCCCCACUUCCCCUCUCCCCACCUCACCCUGCUCACCCACGCCCCGGUCACUGCAAGGGGAUGCUGCACCCCCUCAAGGUGAAGAGCUGAUUGAGGCUGCCAAGAGGAACGACUUCUGCAAGCUCCAGGAGCUGCACCGAGCUGGGGGCGACCUCAUGCACCGAGACGAGCAGAGUCGCACGCUCCUGCACCACGCAGUCAGCACUGGCAGCAAGGAUGUGGUCCGCUACCUGCUGGACCACGCCCCCCUAGAGAUCCUUGAUGCGGUGGAGGAAAACGGGGAGACCUGUUUGCACCAGGCAGCGGCCCUCGGCCAGCGCACCAUCUGCCACUACAUCGUGGAGGCCGGGGCCUCGCUCAUGAAGACAGACCAGCAGGGCGACACUCCCCGGCAGCGGGCUGAGAAGGCUCAGGACACCGAGCUGGCGGCCUACCUGGAGAACCGGCAGCACUACCAGAUGAUCCAGCGGGAGGACCAGGAGACGGCUGUGUAGCGGGCCGCCCACGGGCAGCAGGAGGGACAAUGCGGCCAGGGGACGAGCGCCUUCCUUGCCCACCUCACUGCCACAUUCCAGUGGGACGGCCACGGGGGGACCUAGGCCCCAGGGAAAGAGCCCCAUGCCGCCCCCUAAGGAGCCGCCCAGACCUAGGGCUGGACUCAGGAGCUGGGGGGCCUCACCUGUCCCCCUGAGGACCCCGCCGGACCCGGAGGCUCACAGGGAACAGGACACGGCUGGGUUGGAUAUGCCUUUGUGGGGGGUUCUGGGACAGGGCGCUCCCUGGCCGCAGCAGAUGCCCUCCCAGGAGUGGAGGGGCUGGAGAGGGGGAGGCCUUCGAGAAGAGGCUUCCUGGGCCCCCUGGUCUUCGGCCGGGUCCCCAGCCCCCGCUCCUGCCCCACCCCACCUCCCCCGGGCUUCCUCCCGGAAACUGAGCGCCUGCUGCACUUGCCUGCCCUGCCUUGCUUGGCACCCGCUCCGGCGACCCUCCCCGCUCCCCUGUCAUUUCAUCGCGGACUGUGCGGCCUGGGGGUGGGGGGCGGGACUCUCACGGUGACAUGUUUACAGCUGGGUGUGACUCAGUAAAGUGGAUUUUUUUUC